AUGCCACCCAUAACCGGCACGCAGAAAGAGACAGUGUACGAGAGUGACGCGUCAAUGGAAUUCCACCUAUCGUCCUGGAACUUGCAAGCUCCAGCUGCAGAUGACACAUCAAUCGAGGACGAGCCGUCCGGACACGUGGACUAUUUCUCUUAUGGAUGGAGAGAGGAAGAUAUCUGGUCUUCCUGGCGCUAUGUGGCCAGGAAGAAGAACGUGUAUAGUAAUGGGGUAAGACUCGAGAACGCAUCUUGGAGGAUAUGGGCCAAAACAAAGGACAAUCUAGGGAUCAUAUCACCGGAGAGCCUGGACUGGGUCAAAGACUCUGAUAUCACCUGGCUCUACGGACCGCUGAAACUUCCUGGCAACAUUGCUACCGCUAUUACUUCUGUCGCUCCGAGCCGCCUAGGGACGCCAAACUCUACAGGACAAAAAUCCAUUCUAAAAAGGAAGACAGUAUUGGAGUCAAUCCUUCAACGAUCAACAUCUCAGCAGGUGUUGCUUCCAGAGGCUGGAAACAGCCGCGGUCAGCCCUUCUCUCGAAAGCGCAACACGAAUUCAAGCCAGCUCCAUCAUUGGCUAGGGGGCUCAAUAUAUACACCAAGUGGUAUUCUCACUACAUUCUUAUCAUGUGGAGUGGCACCUACAGGAGAAACACGCCAUAUUCACUUCAACGAAGAAGUUGCUCAAUGUAUUGUACUUGAUGCCAAAAACGUCGACAAGGACGAGUGGCCCGAUUUGCGUAACAGUGUAUCAUUAACUGGCAGCGUGGUCGUGGCAAGACGUUUACCAGACAAGAAAUCAUUGGGCAGCUGCAACAUCUCACGCAAUAGCUUCAAUGGUAGAGGUAAAACCAUCACUCGUCUGCCCUCGACUACUCUCCAACAUUGCGGAGACAUCCCAGAACCCUGCAUCGAGGCAGUAAUCAAUCGGACGCCAACAAUCUCAAUCCUCUUCAAAUUAUGUCAAUGGCUGUCACGCUCGAGCGCGACGUGCUGA